AAUGGAAGGUGACCAAACUGUCAAAUUGGAAAGCGAAUCGGUUAAUGAGACUAAAUUACCUGAAAACGUGAGUGUUAAACGUGAAGCUGAUGAAGAUGUUAGUGAAUCAAGUGUCGGUGCCAAUGGAACUGAUUCUUUGUGUGAUACUAAAAAGAUCAAACUUGAAGCUAAUAAUGAAGAAACUGUGACUGAUGAUAAAUCUUUACCUGACCCAUAUGGAUACAUUCAAUCAGGUGGAUUUACAUGUGAAAUUUACAAGAUAGAAUUGGGAAAUUUACCAAAAUUUGUCAGCUACACUUGUUUGAAGAAAUUCAUUGAGAAAAAGAGUCAAGUAAAACCUCACAAGAUGAAGAUGAUCAAAAAUGGUAAGAAGAAUUAUUCUUUCAUCUCUUUCAAAUCAGCUGAAGAAAGAGAUAAAGCAAUUGAAUCAUUGGAUGGAUCUACCUGGAAGAAUAAAACUCUUUUCGCAAAAAGGGCGAAUCCCGCCAAAGAUCCGUUUAUUAAGAGAAGGAUGGAAGAAGAAUCAACCAACUGUAAAUCGGGAAUCGAUUCUGAAGAAAAUAUUAAUUCUGGAGAUAAAUUGAAUGACAAGGUGUGUCCACUUUGGAAAACACCUUAUGAAGACCAAUUGAAGAUCAAAUCUGAUAAUUAUCGUAAAUUUUUGAUCUCACUGAGACGAGAUAUCGCUGGACUUGGGGAGAGUCCAAGUGAACCCGAAUUCAAUACCAUUAAAUGGGCUCAUCAGAUUGGUAGUGUAAAUAGUGAUUGUAUUUGCCCUUUAGGGGAGAUCAAACCUUCACCAGUGACCAUUGGCUAUCGGAAUAAGUGUGAAUUCAGCAUUGGACCGGGUAAAGUUAUCGGUUUUCGUCUUGGACUUUAUAAAGAAGGUUCGGUUCAAGUGAUCUUUCCACCCGAAAACUGUCCAAUUGUAUCACCCAAAGUGCGAAAGAUAAUCUCAACAUUUCAAGAUUAUUUAUUGACCAGCGAUCAGAAUGAGUUUGACAAUGUCAAUCAUGAAGGAUUCUGGAGACAAGUUACCGUGCGAGCUACUGAACUUGGAGCGAUGGUUAUGAUUGCCGUUCACCCACAGAAUCGGACAAUCAAAGAAUUGGAUGAAGAGAAAGAAAAAAUUAAACAAUUUUUCAUAGCAAAUCGUGAUAAAUGUGAAAUCACCAGUUUAUUUUUCCACCCAUUUGUCACUCGAGAUAAAACUGUUCACGACUCAUCCGAAUUACAAUUAGUUGAUGGCGAACCUUUUAUCUUUGAAUCAUUACGUCAAAAUACACUAAUUAUGAAAAUAAGUCCAUUCGCUUUCUGGCAAACCAAUACCGCUGCCGCUGAAAUUUGCUAUUCAACAAUUGAACAAUUGGCUCAACUUAAUGAGAAUUCAAUUGUUCUUGACAUUUGCUGUGGCACCGGAUCCAUUGGAAUCUAUUUGGCUAACAAAGUUAAACAUGUCAUCGGAUUAGAAUUGAACCAUGAUGCCCUGGAAGAUGCUCGUUACAAUGCUGAACAUAAUAAGAUCACAAACAUUGAAUUUAUCGAGGGAAAAGCUGAAGAUGAAAUUGAUUCUGUUCUUAAACGAGCUUUCGAUAAAUUUGGUGACACAAUUGAUUUAACUGCAAUUAUCGAUCCUCCUCGAGCAGGUUUACAUCCAUCAGUCAUUAAAACAAUAAGAUCAACUCCGAACAUAAAAAAACUGGUCUAUGUCUCUUGCGAACCCAAAUUGGCUCGAAAAAAUUUAAUCGACCUGAGUCGACCUCGAUCCAAUGCUUACAAGGGAAUACCUUUUGUGCCAACAAGUGCCAUUCCAAUCGACAUGUUUCCUCACACUGUACAUUGUGAAUUACUUUUAUUAUAUCAGAGGAUGGAUACAUUGGAAUCAAGUUCCAACAUCAGCUGAUCGAAAUCAACUGUCAAUCAAUCAACAAGUGGAAACAAAACAAAACGAAAAUUAACUUUUUCUUUUACAUUAAAAAUCCUUGUGUAUCAAAUACAUUAAUCAUCAUUACAAUUAAAUUCUUUCAUGCUAUCAA